GACGCCCUACACUCGGCAGGUAAAGGCUACGUCUGGCGUUCGGCUUGGGCACACUUCAUCUCUCUCUCUUGUACCAUGCCUGGAUCGAAGUGUUUCAGAAUCUCGUCCGCCGACAUCUGGAAAAGGAAACGGCCAAGAUGGAGGUGGCCAUGCUCAAGCAACGUCUGAUGCACAGUUACCUACCGGAGAAGUUGAAAGCGCUGGACGCCAUCGGCGAUCAACGGCUUCGUCAGCGGCUCCUCGAUCGGUGCGAGAAGAUUUCGCAACGCACGGUAUCCCACCUGAUGACGGUCUACAUUGCCGCCGCCGAAGCGCAUAUGAGAGAGUCGCAGAAGAACUUCGAAGCGGGCAUGGCUACCUUCCGCGAGAACCUAGUGCGCGGUACCGUUCACCACAAAUUAACGCCCACGAUGUGCGACAUUAUGAAGCGUUGCCUUCACCAUCUACAAGCUCAAGUUACGUUUUUUCGUCAAGGCUUCGACGGUCGCGAACUAGAUUUGGUUCACCGUCGGAGCGCUUCUACCUUGCUCAAAUCCAUCCUGCCCUAUUCACCAAGCAUGUUUCAAGAUGCGGCGCAUCGUCUCUUGUCCGAGCAGCUGUGCUUUCUCCAACGUGGUCCCACGAGCCUUCAAGCCGAUCAACUGCUCUUGCAACGCACUGCCGACGAUUACAAUACCUAUUACCUGGGUUCUCUGCACACCUUCAAGGAUCGAGCCGAUGCACACCAGCAACUAUCGGACGUCGUGAAAUCGAUCGAUUCGGCUCUUCAGGCGCUCUACGACAAGAAGCUGCUUCCCAAGGAGUACUUCGACCGAUUUCAAGUGCGCCAGAAAUCCACUCUACAGCUGCCGCACAUGUACUUCUUGGCCGAACUCGAUCAGCACGGCGAUCUGGUCUCGGUACGACCGAGGCUCUCCUCGUGCCAGCGUUGCCCGGUCUAUACGUUGGCGACCUACCUGGACGAGUUCAAUCGACGGCGGUGAUUUCAUUCAGAAGUUUGACUACUUCUGC